UUUAUUUUCUGGCAGAAAGAGCGCUACUUCGGACCACCGCCCUUUCGCAGUGGUCACGCGCUGCGCGCGCGUGCCAGUCCAUGAAUCACGGUGGGCGCGCGGAUAGGCGCGCACAACGGCGGCGGCAGCCGAGUUUCGACGAUUUCGCUCGACCACCGUGUGGAGUCGCGGCGGUAGUUGUCUUGGUUGUCUCUCCCCGCUGGGCUGCUGCUGCUGGUGUGUGAUGCUUGGUGCGCGUUUUGCUUUAUGUGGGAACGACGACGCUCUCGAAGGGGAGCGAAGCAGCAAGAUGGCAGCGAUGGCGACGUCUUCGAGAGAUGCGUACUUCAAGCAUCGGUCGCGAACCCGCACCACGAACUGGGGCGAUGUGGAGACGUACCAGCUCAUUGAGCUGUGGCAGUCGUUCCGCUACGAUCUGCAGCAGACGAAAAAGCGCCGGCCCAUCUUCGAGCAGAUGAGUCGACUAAUGCACGGGCUGGGCUUCAAGAGAGACGCUAACGAGAUACAGGGGAGAAUUACAAACCUCGCCUAUUUGUACAGGCGUGAAGGCAAGCUUCGACUUGAGAACCCAUUGCGAACCCCUUGGAAGUUCUGGGACAAUGUGCACAAAGUACUUCAUGGCGAACCACCACGACGGGGGACGUCCUGCAGUUUCGGCCUUUUCCUCCUGCUUUUUCAUCCAGAGCCUGUGUCCUUACCAAAUACAGAGGCACGGAUGAUACCACCUGACACCACACUGACGGUGGUCAACGUUCCUCUACCUGAUGUUUCCGUUGUCAAAGUAGAAAAACCAAGUGUGCCUGAGAGCACUUCAGCUGGGGAUGGCCGGAAGAGUCCUCCAGAUGAAUCGACUGCAGCCAAUGAAGCCUGGACAGACCAGUCUGCAGCCUCCAUAGUGAAUGGGGAGCAUUCAGAAGAAGAUGAAGAAGGCAGCGACAGCUAUCCCCAUGCAUCCCUGCACUUCCCAUCCGAAUGUCCGUGUGACAUUCUCAAAACUGUGGCUGAGCAACAGCGGCUCAUGGCACUGCAGAUUCUCAACGAGGAGGAGAUUCGUCAUGAGGAGAGAGUUCGCAUUGUGCUUGAGAUGGAGAACCGGCUGAAGCAGGAGCACAACAAUUUCAAGCUAGCACUUAUUGAUAGACUCAACAAAGGCUUCACUCAGAUCCUAAUGGCACUGAAAUCUUCCACUACAUCUUAGGGGCCCUGGUGGUCGCAUUGUUGGGAGGGGUGCUGCCUUUUUUUUUUUUUUUUUAUUGCAGCAUGAGAGACUGGCCUGCUUCAGCAGUGCUUCUUUCCCAGAGCAACUGCCUGGAAGCAGUUUGGCAUUGCAUUAUUAUGCAGUUUUACCGUAUUAUGCAAUUUAUAAGCCUUUAAGCAACUAGUUCUAUUCUAAUACCAUAGAUACUCUAAGCCGGGAGCAGGCUUAAUUCAGUGCUACAGACGCACUUGUUUAUGUCUGCAUCAAAGUGUGGUGUGGUGUUAGCAAGCUUAGGCACAGCUGAAGAUGCAAGACUUGUGUAGGCAUUCAAGAAUUCAGGGCUGGCUUGGCAGGAUCAAACACGAUUGCUUCAUUUUCAAAACUGUGAUAAAGAAUAUUGUUGGACUCAGCUUUUUUGGCUCAUUUCAGAGCGACAUGAGCUCAGACAUGACUGUUCACUCCAGGAUUAGGUGUCUGGGACAUGGAAUAUAGAGCAAUCAAACAAAACCAUCUCCCUAGGUGGAAUGUAGAACUGUCUUGUUUGUAUCUCCGAGCCUGCCCAGGUAGCAUUUGGUCAUGCACAUUUCUUAACUGUAUAGGUUAGGCUAGGUUUUACGAAUAGGAUGUGUAGUACAUAAUACUGCUAUGCUUAGGGCCCGAAAAUCUGUGAGAUUCUGUGGCAGUUUUCAUUGCCAUACUUGGUGUCUUGAAAAGCCUUAUUUCUCAUGAGGGAACUCAUGUUGACAAGGGCCAACACAGUAAUGACAUUUGUGACCCUUUUGUGUAUGUUCCCUCUGUGCUUUAUGCUGCGUGCAGCCUGUGCAUCAAUCUAUCUUGAUUCUGUGUCACAUUGCAGACUUGCACUAGUUCAUUUGUCCUAAGGGAGUGAAGUCACUUUUUUGUUGUAUGUGCUUGUUGUAUGUACCUUUGCUCUGCAAACAUUUUUGUAUGUGUAGACAGCUGAAACUUCAAAAGCGUCAUUAUGUUCACUUUGAGCUUCACAGCUUGUUAAGUGUGGUGAAAAGUCCACCACAUAGUACGCUGUGGUUUUAAAAUUUUCUGGGUUUCACUACUGUGGUUGUUGUGCCCCCAUAAAAGUGUGGCCUAUGUGUGUUCCAAUUUGAGGCAGAGUUGAACUUCAUUAUAAUGAAGUUGCAUCCAAGAUGAAAAUACCGUUGUUAUGUCUGGUAUUCGUUGUACGCACAUAUUUCUUAUGCUAAUGUUGGCAAGAAAAUUUUAAGUUUACCAUAUUCAAUAUUUUGUUAUAUCCAUGUUAUAUUGAGGUUCAUCUGUACUCAUCAGCGGCCUGUGAAGAUGAGAGUUCACACUUGAACACUGAAAUUCUUUUAGUUUUUUACACUUGAAGCAUUAUGGAUGUGCCAGUUGUUUUAUUAAUUUUGCACAUUGUGUUUGGUGGCUUUUGUUUGUGAUGGCUUUUGUAUGUACCAUAGAAAAUGUCAAUCAUGGCUCUGGUUUUUUAUGUGGGUGUGUUCUGUGUACUAACUCGAACAAAGCCUCCCGGUUCAUCCGCCCUGAUUCCUCUUUGGUACUGGUUGUUGGUGUAGUUGAUAAUGCUGGUAAGCUUUUAUCCCUGCAAUUCAUAACCUAAGAUUUCGGGCCCUAGUCAUGUAUGGCUUUGUUAAUGCAUACUCUGCCUCUUGUGUUGGAUAUGUGUGGCAACAGCAGUGUAUUUAGCAUAUCAUAUGUGCAGAACUUUCUGUAGUGUCUUUUGGUAUUUGUGUAUGUUUAUUUAUAUUAAUCAGUAAAUGUCUGUUAAUUUGA